GGAGCUCCUCUUCCUCUCCUCCUUCUUCACCUUCCUCCAUCCUCCUCCAUCCUCCCCUUGCAAACCCGCCAUUGUUUCCACCUGCAACUCCCAUCUUGGGCGGAGGUUUCGAAGAAAAACCCAGUUCCAGAAUCUGUCCCCAGUUGCCUCUUCAUGCCCGGCAUUUCUCUCACUCUGUACCCACCUGAAGUUUGAUGGACUCCCUCAUUCCCUUCCAAGACCUCAACCUCCUCCCCGACCCUCCCACCUCCUCCUCCUCCUCCGCCCCCGCCGCCACCGCCCACCUCGUCACCCCCAAAGUCGAGCCCAAGACCGAGCCACUCGACGACCCACCGCCGCCGCCGCCGCCCACCCAACAACCUCAACCACCACCGCCACCGCCACCUCGGCAACAUCGGCCUCAGCAAGCUCAGCAGCAGGAGCCGCAGCAUUUUCCCGAGGAGCCCCCGUCGCCGCCGGGGGAGGACAGCCUCUACACCGAGUUCCACCGCGUGUCCGAGCUCUUCCGCAACGCCUUCGCCAAGGGCGGCCGCAGGUGCGGCGGCGACGUCAACGUGCUCGAUCCCGACUCGCGGGCCAUCGUGCCCUUCAACCCGGAGGCGAACAAUCAGCUCUCCGUCGUGGUCAAGCCCAGGAUCAGCUACAAGCGCUCGUCGGAGCUCGUCCGGGUGACCGAUCUCGGGCUCGAAGACGAGAGGUACUUCCGGGAUCUGGUCCGCCGGACCCGCAUGACGUUCGACGGGGUGCGCAUUCUCUCGAUGGCCGGCGAGAGCGGCGGCAAGAGAGUGAGAGGCGAUUUGAUCGCUGCUUCUCUAAUGAGGAAUCGCGGGUUGUGGCUAAAUCGGGACAAGAGGAUUGUUGGGUCAAUCCCUGGGAUUUGUGUGGGCGACAUCUUCUUUUAUAGGAUGGAGUUGAUGGUGCUUGGAUUACACGGUCAGACUCAAGCUGGUAUCGAUUACUUGCCAGCUAGUCAGAGCUCCAAUGGUGAGCCCAUCGCCACCAGUGUUAUUGUGUCGGGUGGGUAUGAGGAUGAUGAGGAUAGUGGGGAUGUGAUUAUAUACACCGGUCAUGGAGGGCAAGAUAAGUUCAACAGGCAAUGUGUGCACCAGAAGUUGGAAGGCGGAAACCUGGCGCUGGAGAGGAGCAUGCGCUAUGGAAUCGAGUUGAGGGUCAUCAGAGGGAUUAGAUACGAUGGCGGGAUGACGAGCAAGGUUUAUGUGUACGACGGGUUGUAUAGGAUUAUGGACUGUUGGUUCGAUGUGGGUAAGUCCGGUUUCGGCGUUUUCAAGUACAAGCUGGUGAGAAUUGAGGGGCAACCGGAAAUGGGUAGUGUGAUGAUGAGGCUUGCUAAGAGUCUUAGGACUAGUCCAUUGUCGGUAAGGCCGACUGGGUACUUGAGUCUUGAUAUGUCGAUGAAGAAGGAGAAUGUGCCGGUGCUUCUGUUCAAUGAUAUCGACACCGAUAAUGAGCCGCUGUAUUAUGAGUACCUAGUCAGGUCUGUGUACCCCCCUUUUGUUCACCACCAGAAUGGAAAUGGUACUGGGUGUGAAUGCAGAUCCGGUUGCGCAGAAGGUUGCUUUUGUUUUUUGAAGAAUGGGGGUGAGUUUCUUUAUGAUCAAAAUGGGCUUCUUUUGAAAGGGAAGCCGAUUAUUUUCGAGUGUGGAGCCUUCUGCAAGUGCCCUCCGACCUGUCGGAAUCGAGCAACUCAAAGAGGGUUGAAGCAUAGGUUUGAGAUAUUUAGGUCGAGAGAGACGGGUUGGGGUGUGAGGUCCUUGAAUUUGAUACAAGCCGGUGCUUUCGUUUGCGAAUAUGCAGGGGUUGUGCUCACCAGAGACCAAGCCCAAAUUUUCGCAAUGAACGGUGAUACACUGAUUUAUCCCAGUAGGUUUCCCGAGAAAUGGGAAGAAUGGGGUGAUUUAUCGCAGAUUUUUCCUGACUAUGUACGCUCUCUAUACCCCUCAGCUCCUCCUCUGGAUUUCGCAAUGGAUGUGUCCAAAAUGAGGAAUGUUGCUUGUUACAUUAGCCACAGUACCAAGCCCAAUGUACUAGUGCAGCGUGUACUAUAUGAUCACAACAAUAUCUCCUUCCCUCACCUAAUGUUGUUCGCGAUGGAGAAUAUUCCUCCUUUGACGGAGCUUAGCCUGGAUUAUGGGGUGUCUGAUGAAUGGACGGGAAAGCCUCUGCUGUUGACCGAAGGAUCUGGGUGAUCCAAGUGGAUUUAGGAUAUUCUAACAUGUACAUAGGUUUUGGCGGAUUUAUGCAUAUAUUAGCACAGCUGCACAGUUCUGAGGCUCUUACACAGUGAGACCUGGCUCUCAAGUUUUGCCUCAGACAAUACUCGCAGUGGAAACAAAGUCGCGGAAGUCAAAAACUAAAGAAAAAGGACUCCCUGCGAUAUACACAUUCUCGGCUUUUUGCUGUCCUUUUUGUUGUUGCAAGAUCGAAGUCGACACUGGAUUCGCAGAGAAGAGUUUAUCUUUGCUGGACUGCGGACCGGGUGCAUCAGGCACGUGCUCCCUCUCGGAUCAAUGUCUGUCUGCAUACAUCACUUGGUCGGAUGGUGAUCAGGUACCUGAUGCACCGCGCUCCUGGUCCGCGCGAGUUUCAGGUGGCGAGGAUGACGAUCUUCUCGCGUUGGGACUCAGCUUAGGUGUGCUCAUGCUCGAAGGACCUUUUCAACUUUUAAUUUGUUGCGUCUGUCGUUAUGUUUCUCUCUUUUCUGGUGGACUUUGGGGGGGAUUAAUCGCUUGCGCUUCCAAUGAUACUCGUGUGUAUGUAUAUAUCUGAAAUAUAGUAUAUGGUGUACAGUCCCGAUUGCAUCUGAGACCCGCGGCAUAUGACGGGAAAGUCUAGUGUUUGAUACUACAGUUAUAGGGCAAUGGAAGAACUUAGCUUGCUUUUAUCUCAAA